CAUAUGGAACAAUGUUGCGGUAUAAAUCUUUCGUGGAAGACUCGAAAAUAGGACCGUAAAGUUUUUGCCGGAAUCUUAGUCACCUGCUUCGUAUUUUGGCCAAAAGUAUAGAAAAUGCAGUUUUAUCUUUUGGGCCUUGCCCUAGUACUGGCAGUUUGUGAAGUUCAUUCUGCUAGUAGACGUAACCCUGAGCUUGACUUAUACCACAUAGAGUACGACUGUGCUGUUACGUUGGUGAAAGCAGUCGUUACUGGAGAGAAAGAAUGGGAAAACUGGAACGCUGAAGAAGACUGGAUGAACAGGGUCCAGGAAAUUCUUGAUCAGUGCGAAUAUGAAAGUGACCUAAGGACAUCUGAUCAGAGGGUGAGGGAGUUGCCUACGUGUUUACGGAAAGCAAGCAGAAGAAUGACGAAAGGAACCGUUCGCAGAAACAAAUUUCUGGAAUUUGCGACAUGCUUGGAAGAAGGAAUCGAGCGACCAACGAAAACUCGGCGAACCAAAGCCGUCCAAGAUGCGUAUCGGGCGUAUCGGCGUCAGUAAUAGAUGACAUGUGGCACGCACGAAGACAUCCAACUCUCUUUUACCAGCACUUACCCUCAUGAAAAGGAAAGAAUGAAUAAAUUAGAAGCUUUCGACAUGGCA